AAAAACCGAAAAAAAUCGAAAAACCCAAAUAACUAAAAAAACUGAUAAAAACCAAAACGAUAAGCUAGAGUACAUGAUUUCUAUGAACAUGUUGUUGCCUCCUCGAAUAAAGGCAUUUUCUGUAACACAUGUUUAUAUUCAUAUUUAUUUUAGUAUCUUACGUAGUUUAAUUAGUUGAUGCAUCUCACUUAAUUUUAUUAUAGAUGGCUGAUCAGAAUAAUCAAGAUAAUAGGUAAAUAUUGGGACAAGUGAGCUCUUUAGCAUCAUAUGCUGCUCUCUUAGCAUUUAUUUGGUUUUGGAAUUAUGCACGUGAAAUUGAAAAUGAUCGACGUACGAUCAUACAUGCCAUACGCCUUGAAAGAGAGCAAGUUAGAGAUGAACUAUUGAGUCAUCUAUUUUCUUCAGAACUUUGCCGUAAUAUUUUAAGAAUGACCCCUUCGGCUUUUACCGGUCUCUGUGAGAUGUUAGUUAGAGAUGGAGGUCUUAGACCAACACUUCGAGCUACAGUUGAAGAACAGGUUGCGAAAACACUUUACCUGUUAGCACAUAAUGUGACAAAUCGCGAACUAUCUUUCAUCUUUCGACGAUCGGGGGAGUCGGUCAGUCGUCAUUUUCAUGUUGUCCUACGAGCUAUAUUGGGGCUAUAUGAAAUAUUUAUUAAACAACCUGAUGGAUCCCAAGUUCCUUCUGAAAUUGCCAGCAACCAAAGAUUCUACCCAUAUUUUAAGGAUUGUAUUGGUGCAAUUGAUGGAACACACGUACGUGUUAAAGUUUCACAAAGUGAAGCACCAAAAUACCGUGGGAGGAAAGAUUAUCCAACACAGAAUGUAUUAGCUGCAUGCUCAUUUGAUUUAAAAUUAACCUAUGUGUUAGCUGGGUGGGAAGGUACAACAUCUGAUUCAAGAAUUAUGAAAGAAGCACUAAAUAGACAAGACCCAUUAAAAAUUCCAGAAGGAAAAUACUACCUUGUUGAUGCUGGACUCAUGUUAAGAAGUGGGCUUAUUACAUCUUAUCGGGGGGAGCGAUAUCACUUGAAAGAGUAUUCAAGAAAUCCACCUCGAAAUGCUCGUGAAUUAUUUAAUUUGCGACACGCUUCUUUGCGUAAUGCUAUCGAACGAGCAUUUGGAGUUCUUAAAAAGAGAUUUCCUAUAAUUUCUAGUUCAACGGAGUCCUCAUAUGGUAUUGACACCCAAAAGCUUAUUAUCUUUGCAUGUUGUAUUUUGCACAACUACUUAAGAGGUGUAGAUCCAAAUGAUGAGUUACUUGCUCAAGUUGAUGCGGAGCCUAGGGAGAGCACUGAGGAAUAUAGAAGAGGGGAAUUGAUUUGA